CGGGAGCCCCAGCCGCCCGGCCCCAGCCUGGGACUCCGGGACCGCGUGCACACCUGGACUGAACACGGCUGCGGGCUUUACGCGGUGCAGCGACUAGUCCCCGCGCUGCCGGCGGGGAAACUGAGUCCCGGGCGACUGGGGCGGAGCUGGCCCCGGGGCAAGCCCAUGCCCCCGCCCCCCGCCGGCCCCGCCCCGGCCCGUAAGAGGCCCCCUGCGCGCCCGCGGAGCUGCACAGCGCGGCGCGGGGGCCGGGACCCGGACCGCUAUGGCAGCUCAGCGGCUGGGCAAGCGGGUGCUGAGCAAGCUGCAGUCUCCAUCGCGGGCUCGCGGCCCGGGGGACAGCCCCGGGGGCUUGCAGAAACGACACGCGCGUGUCACCGUCAAGUACGACCGGCGGGAGCUGCAGCGGCGGCUGGACGUGGAGAAGUGGAUUGACGGGCGCUUGGAGGAGCUGUACCGCGGCAGGGAGGCAGACAUGCCUGAUGAGGUCAACAUCGACGAAUUGUUGGAAUUAGAGAGCGAAGAGGACAGAAGCCGGAAAAUCCAGGGACUCCUGAAGUCGUGCAGGAACCCCACAGAGGACCCCUGCCCUGUCCUCAGGACUUCGUCCAGGAGCUGCUGGGGAAGCUCCGAGGGCUCCACAAGCAGCCUGGCCUCCGCCCGCCCAGCCCCUCCGGGGACCGCAGUCUGAGCCCCCUCCAGGACCGGGCCCGGACCGCGCCACCCUGACCUUGCCUCCGUGGCCUCCUGCCUUCUCCCCUACCCUCCACACUGUCCUGGCUUACUUGUAAGUUGUAUGUAAUGGUUCUGUAACAACACGGUGUGCCUGUUUUUCCUCUCCCUGAUUACCGUGGACUUCCCCAAGCUUCCCCCACACGCCUCCCUCUGUCCUGCUGCGUCUCCCCAGGCACCCGCAGCUGGCCUGGCAGAUGGAGAAUCACUCCUCAGCCAGAGAGCAUGAGAACAGGCCCUGCUGACCUUGCUCCCCCCUCAACCUCCCCUCCCAGGACUCAGCUUGUCCUCACUUCCCCCUCAGCCUUCCCCAGUGCAGCCAGCAGGGCCCCAGUGGGUGUCAUCUGGGGCUCCUGUGGGAAUGAUGGCCUGUGGUCCUCGUACCAGGGGAGAUGCGUGAACCCAGACGUGCCCAAUAUCACCAAAACACAUCAUGAACAAACCAAGAGGGCUUCCUGAAGAAAGUGACAAUGGAGCCAAGGCUUUGAAGGAUGCAUAGGAGUUCGUGUGAAAUGGGUACCCAUACCUGAGGACUCUGAACCUUGUGGGUGGAGGGAUUGAUGUUGAGCCUAAUGCAGGGAACAUACCAGGUAUUGAUGGAGCCAUCCACCCACCCACCAGGAUGGGCAGGUCCUCCAGAGCUGGAUCAGGAAGGCCCCUGGGCUGGGUGUUGGGGAGGCCCGAAGGGCUCCAGCAGAGGGGUGAGAGCGCCAGAAGUGGGUGGCACCUAUUUACCCCAAACUGUGGAAGUAUUUCAGUAUUUUUU